AUGGAUACAGUUAAAACUACUGUUGACACACCUUUUGGUCGAAAACCUGUUGGACCUAAAGUUCGUUAUGGUGUUGUAGCUGCUGGAUGGAUUAGUCAAAGUUCAUUUAUGCCAGGUGUUGGACAAACAUCGAAUUCAGUAUUAACUGUAUUAAUCAGUAAUGAUGCAGAAAAACGUGAAAAAUUAGGAAAAGAAUAUAAUUUAAAAUGUUAUUCAUAUGAUCAAUUCUCACAGGCACUCGAAGAAGGCCAAUGUGAUGCAUUUUAUAUUGCUACACCAAAUAAUCAACAUGGAAAAUUUGCCAUUCCAGCUCUUGAGAAAGGUUAUCAUGUUUUACUUGAGAAACCAAUGGAAGUUACAAUCGAGGAUUGUGAAGCUAUUUUGGCUGCUCAAAAGAAAAGUGGUGCUAAAUUAAUGAUAGCUUAUCGUCUUCAUCAUGAACCUGGAACACUUGAUGUCAUUGAUCGUAUCCGAAAAGGAGAUUUUGGUGAUCCUCGAAUUUUCUCAUCAGUUUUCACUAAUCAUAUAAAACCAGAAAAUCAUCGUGCUAAAGAAGGUUUUGAUUGUGGUCCAAUUCCAGAUUUGGGUGUUUAUCCCAUUAAUGCUGCUCGAAAUAUUUUUGGCUCAGAACCAAUUGAAGUGACUGCUAUUGGAUUUAAAACUCCAGGUGAAUUUUUUAAAAUGGAACAUGAUACAAUUACUGUUACACUUCGAUUUCCUCGUGAUCAUAUGGCUCAAUUCGUUGUUAGCUAUGCUACUUCAUUCACUGAAGGUUACAAAAUUGUAGGCACAAAAGGUGAAAUUGAAGUAAAUCCUGCAUAUGGAUUUGGUAGUGGUGUGAAAAUUGCCUAUAAAACAAAAAUCGCUGGCCAAGAAGAUUCGAAAACAUUUCCAGAAACGGAUCAAUUUGGUGGUGAAACAGAAUAUUUUUCUGAAUGUAUUUUAAAUAAUGUUGAUCCAGAAGCUGAUGGUGAAGAUGGCUUGAAUGAUGUACGAGUCAUUGUUGCAAUAAAAGAAUCACUUAAAGAAAAUGGAAAAACAAUUAAACUUGAACCACGUGAACGAAAGAAACGAUCAACAUUAGAUCAAGUGAAACAGUUACCUUUGGCUAAACCACCAAAAACUCUUAUUGGUAGAGAUUCACAGGAACCAGGAGCAAUGUUACAUUAG